ACCAAGUGUUCCCUUUUCCAAAAAACAGGGGAAUGAAAUCUGACGUUUGGAGUAUUGCCUGGAACGAACAGUUGCAACUUUUAGCCACCAGCUCACACGACGGUUGGGUCAAGCUUUGGUCGAUGGAUAGUCAAGAUCCUGUACACAUGAGGCACUUCAGCUCGUUUUGUUGCCAUUUGGUUUGGAGUCCAAUGGAACUUUCAUCGUCAAACAAGGAUCCAUUGGAAGGAGAAAGGGAACCUUAUCUUGCGAGCGGAAUGGAGGACGGAUCAAUUUCGAUAUGGGCACCACUGGGGAAAAAGAUGCGGCCGUUUUUAUUAUUGGAUGGACAUACAGAGCAGUUGCAUCAAGUCUCGAUUUCACCUAACGGACGCUAUCUCGCAUCGACGGAUUACGACAGAAAACUCGUUAUCUGGUCAACUAAGACAUGGGACAUUAUCUACACCCUCCCACCAUCAGGAUGUCGAUUUCCUUACACCAUUUCAUGGGACGCGACCAGUUCAAAGCUAUGCAUUACAGAAAAAACUGGUCUGAAACGGUUCCUAACGAUGGAAUACGUCGCAGCUGAAAAACAAUGUGCCAAAUGUAAGAAAACUUCCCAGAAUGUGAAGCGUUGCAGCCGCUGCCGUUCCGUCUACUAUUGCAGCAAAAAAUGUCAAUAUUCGCACUGGUCAAAUCAUAAAACAGUUUGCCAGAAAAAGUGAAUUUCAUGUGCGACUAUUCAAACGGCCCGUCCUGCGAAUCCCCCUUUUUGUUUAAUGUAAGAAACGUGAAAUUAACUUUGAGGUGAAUGUCUCUAAUUGUCAGUUUGUAAAUUCGUCAUGCAUUUCAAAGUGACAGGACAUAAA